AUGGAAAAAGUUCGGGGUCUUCAAAAUCUUGCUUUUCAACUUGGGUUAGAUGAAGGUACGAGUUUAUACCAAGUGUCCCAGAUUUCACUGAUAAAUCAGGAAAUUCUAGAGUCUGUUGUAGAUGCCAUUUGAUUUAUGAGUGGAAAGAGAAGAGUUUUAAAGUAGUUGGAGGUUUGGGAGGAAGAAAAUAUGUUCACCCCUUGUAUCCUGACAUGUCAGAAUGAUUACCCAGCAUCACAGAAAUCCAGGACGCAUUGAGAAAAAGAAAUACUCCAGAUUCACCCAAUAAGUAUCGGAAAACUGGAAGAUCCCCAAUAAUUUGGCAUUUUAGACCUUUUGCAGUAGUGUGUGACUAAAGGAGAUGAGUACCAUGGUCAUAUAAGAAAAAAAUUUAUAGAUGAUUACUAAUGAUUUCAACUCUUUACAUGUAAAAUAUAAUCACCAUCACUUCCAUUAUUACCAGAGGAUUAUCACCAAAGGUUUUUUAUUAAAUUUUUUAUUUAUGGUGUCUAUUUUUUUUUAGCCCGGGAAAUGACAAGGGGAAAGUUUUUAAACAUUCUGGAGAAGGCUAACUCUGGACGAAGAUAA